GCCAUUUUCCAUGUUAUUCUCUGUUUGGCUCGCAGCAUUUCAUUAAUUUUUGAAUGCAAUAGUUUAUUCUUAAAUUCGUGUAGUUGAAUUCCUGGCUUCUCUGGUUUUGUGGAGGGGGAUUUUUAUCUCCGGGUUCCGCCGAGCAGACGCCGGGCUUAGGCAGCAGCCAUGUAUAUCAAGCAGGUCAUCAUCCAGGGGUUCAGAAGUUACAGGGAUCAAACUGUAGUUGACCCUUUCAGCCCGAAACACAAUGUCAUUGUGGGACGAAAUGGAUCAGGGAAGAGUAACUUUUUCUAUGCCAUCCAGUUUGUGCUCAGUGAUGAAUUCAGCCACCUGCGACCUGAACAGAGGCUGGCGCUUCUCCAUGAAGGAACUGGUCCUCGUGUCAUUUCGGCUUUUGUGGAGAUUAUAUUUGACAACUCUGACAACCGGCUGCCGAUUGACAAAGAGGAAGUCUCUCUUCGACGUGUCAUUGGCGCAAAGAAGGACCAGUACUUCUUGGACAAAAAGAUGGUGACAAAGAAUGACGUCAUGAACCUUCUGGAGAGUGCCGGUUUCUCUCGCAGCAACCCGUACUACAUUGUCAAGCAGGGGAAGAUUAACCAAAUGGCUACAGCACCUGACUCCCAGCGUCUGAAGCUUCUGAGAGAGGUGGCAGGAACACGGGUGUAUGAUGAACGUAAGGAGGAGAGCAUUUCUCUCAUGAAAGAGACAGAGGGGAAGCGAGAGAAGAUCAAUGAGCUUCUGAAGUACAUCGAGGAGCGUCUGCACACUCUGGAAGAUGAGAAGGAAGAGCUGGCUCAGUACCAGAAGUGGGAUAAGAUGAGGAGAGCGCUUGAGUACACUAUUUACAACCAGGAGCUCAAUGAGACCCGUGCCAAACUGGACGAGUUGUCCUCUAAGAGAGAGACCUGUGGAGACAAAUCCAGACAGCUACGUGACGCUCAACAAGAUGCCAGAGACAAAGUAGAGGAGACGGAGCGCAUUGUGCGCGAGAUGAAGUCAAAGGUCUCUGCUAUGAAGGAAGAGAAAGAGCAGCUGUCGGCAGAGCGCCAGGAGCAGAUCAAGCAGAGGACCAAGCUCGAGCUGAAGGCCAAGGACCUGCAGGACGAGCUGGCAGGCAACAGUGAACAGAGGAAACGCCUGCUGAAAGAGCGUCAGAAGCUGCUGGAAAAAAUAGAAGAGAAACAGAAGGAGCUUCAGGAGACUGAACCCAAAUUCAACAUGGUUAAGGAAAAGGAGGAGCGAGGCAUCUCCAGGCUAGCCCAAGCUACACAGGAGAGGACGGACCUGUACGCCAAGCAGGGCCGUGGCAGUCAGUUUACCUCCAAGGAGGAGAGAGACAAGUGGAUCAAAAAGGAGCUGAAAUCUCUGGAUCAGGCUAUCAAUGACAAGAAGAGGCAGAUCGCAGCCAUCCACAAAGACCUGGAGGACACAGAAACUAACAAAGAGAAGAACCUUGAGCAGUACAAUAAACUUGAUCAGGAUCUAAAUGAAGUCAAGACCCGUGUUGAAGAGCUGGACAAGAAGUAUUAUGAAGUCAAGAACAGGAAAGAUGAGCUUCAGAGUGAAAGAAACUACCUGUGGCGUGAGGAGAACGCAGAGCAGCAGGCGCUAGCAGCCAAACGAGAGGACCUGGAGAAGAAGCAGCAGCUCCUUAGAGCGGCCACAGGCAAGGCCAUCCUGAACGGUAUUGACAGUAUCAAUAAAGUCCUGGAGCAUUUCCGGCGUAAAGGGAUCAACCAGCACGUCAUCAAUGGUUACCAUGGCAUUGUCAUGAAUAACUUUGAAUGUGAACCUGCUUUCUACACCUGUGUUGAAGUGACUGCUGGAACCAGGCUGUUCUAUCACAUCGUGGAGACUGAUGAAGUCAGCACUAAAAUACUCAUGGAGUUCAACAAAAUGAACUUGCCAGGAGAAGUCACGUUCCUUCCCCUGAGCAAGCUGGAUGUCAGAGACACCGCCUACCCAGAAACCAAUGAUGCCAUCCCCAUGAUCAGCAAACUGCGCUACAGUAAUAACUUUGAUAAGGCCUUCAAGCAUGUGUUUGGGAAGACCCUAAUCUGUCGUAGCAUGGAGGUUUCCACCCAGCUGGCGAGAGCUUUCACCAUGGACUGUAUAACUCUAGAGGGUGAUCAGGUGAGCCAUCGUGGCGCUCUGACAGGAGGCUACUAUGAUACCAGAAAGUCUCGCCUGGAGCUACAGAAAGAUAUGAGGAAGGCUGAGGAGGAGCUGGGUGAGCUGGAGGCCAAGCUCAAUGAGAACCUGCGUAGGAACAUCGAACGCAUCAACAAUGAGAUUGACCAACUGAUGAACCAAAUGCAGCAGAUCGAGACACAACAGAGGAAGUUCAAGGCAUCCAGAGACAGCAUUCUGUCUGAAAUGAAAAUGCUGAAGGAGAAGAGGCAGCAGUCGGAGAAGACUUUUAUGCCCAAGCAACGUAGUCUCCAAAGUCUGGAGGCCAGCCUCCAUGCCAUGGAGUCCACCAGGGAGUCGCUAAAAGCUGAACUCGGCACAGAUCUUCUUUCUCAGCUCAGUCUUGAGGACCAGAGGCGCGUCGACGACCUCAAUGAUGAGAUCCGUCAAUUGCAACAGGACAACAGACAGUUGUUGAAUGAGAGAAUCAAGCUGGAGGGAAUCAUGACCAGAGUGGAAACGUAUCUCAAUGAGAACUUACGUAAACGUCUUGACCAAGUAGAGCAGGAGCUGAACGAGUUGCGAGAGACUGAGGGGGGCACGGUGCUCACAGCCACCACAUCCGAGCUCGACGGCAUCAACAAACGCGUCAAAGAAACUUUGGCUCGAUCAGACGAUCUGGAUACUCUGGUUGACAAGACAGAGGUGGAAAUCAAAGACCACAUCAAGAGCAUGGAGCGAUGGAAAAACAUAGAGAAGGAGCAGAAUGACGCCAUCAACCACGACACCAAGGAGCUUGAGAAGAUGACCAACAGACAGGGCAUGCUACUCAAGAAGAAAGAAGAGUGCAUGAAGAAGAUCCGAGAGCUGGGCUCUCUGCCUCAAGAGGCCUUUGAGAAGUACCAGACCCUCACACUCAAACAGCUGUUCAGAAAAUUGGAGCAGUGCAACACCGAGUUGAAGAAGUACAGUCACGUUAACAAGAAAGCUCUGGACCAGUUUGUGAACUUCUCAGAGCAGAAGGAGAAAUUGAUCAAGCGUCAGGAUGAGCUGGAUCGUGGAUACAAGUCCAUCAUGGAGCUCAUGAACGUCCUGGAGCUGCGCAAGUACGAGGCCAUCCAGCUCACCUUUAAACAGGUGUCAAAGAACUUCAGUGAAGUUUUCCAGAAACUGGUGCCAGGUGGCAAAGCCACGCUGGUGAUGAAGAAGGGCGACGCUGAAGGCAGCCAGUCUCAGGACGAGGAGGGCGCGGACAGCGAGAGAGGCUCCGGUUCACAGAGCAGCGUCCCCUCAGUCGACCAGUUCACUGGAGUCGGCAUUCGUGUUUCGUUCACGGGGAAGCAGGGAGAGAUGAGGGAGAUGCAGCAGCUGUCUGGAGGGCAGAAGUCUCUGGUGGCUCUGGCUCUGAUAUUUGCCAUUCAGAAGUGCGACCCUGCUCCUUUCUACCUGUUUGAUGAGAUUGACCAGGCUCUGGACGCUCAACACAGGAAAGCUGUUUCAGACAUGAUUGUGGAGCUGGCCGGCCACGCUCAGUUCAUCACCACCACCUUCAGGCCGGAGCUGCUCGAGUCGGCGGACAAGUUCUACGGAGUCAAGUUCAGGAACAAGGUGAGUCACAUCGAUGUGAUCACAGCGGAGCAGGCGAAAGACUUUGUGGAGGACGACACCACCCAUGGUUAAUGGUCUCCUGCUCUCCAUCAGCCCCCUCACUCCUUCCUCCUCCGCCUCUACAGGGCUCCACAUCUCCAAAGAGGGUCACAGACAGAAAUAUCCCACUCAAUCCACAGCCUUUUUUAGCCCUGUUAAAGAUAAACAGUACAGAGUCUACAUUUCUCCGAAACUGCAUUUGAAUUUGAGUGUUUAAAUGCCAAAAAGAGGCAUCAACUGUUUGCUGUUACUCAUCGUUGAAGGUUGAAGUCUAAAUCUGAAAAAAGGGUUCAAAUCAUUAGGCAAAAGGGCAUUUGUGCGUGUUGCAUGUUCCUGCUCUGCUGUAACUUUUUGUUUCAGCCACACUGGAUCUGACAAUUACAGUUAGCUUGUUUCUUCCCUGAAAAGGUCUUAAGAGAGCACUUCAAGUAUGUGUUACGUUGACGUAUUUCCCUAACGAUGCAUCUGAGCUGAGGUUUAUCUGUGACGUGAAAAGUGCCAAAGGUGUAAAAACCUUCAAGAUUUUCACAGAAAUCAAACCUUCAUACGUGCAGUUGAGGCAAUUUUUAAAUAUUUAAAGGAAAGAUUGUUAAACUUUUGUUCCCAGCCUCCUUUUUCUGCGAGGUUUCAGCAAUGUAUUCUGUGUUUUCACCAAACAAGGAGGAGAUGAGUCUCAUAAAAGCCACCUAGCGUGAAAUGUUCAGUAGUUGUGGUUCCUCCUUAUGGCUCUUACUGUAGUGUGUCAUUCUUUGCUUUUUAUGCUAUUUCAAUAUAUGAAAGUUUAAUUCCAGAUACUGAUUUUUGUUUUUAAGAAGACCGCUGCUGUGUGAAGCUGUCCGUAACUAAAACAGUGGUCACAUCGUCAUUCCUCCUUUAUUUCCUAAAUAGACAUGUUGUUUGGGGCUAAACUCCUCACAUAUUAUCUGUUGUACUGUUGUACCUAUCUUUCAAUCUGCUUUUUAAGUUUGUGUGUUUUUUUUUUAAUGUAAUUAGAAAAACUCUGAAAAAAUAAAGUUUUAAAAAAUAA